GAAAGAAAAAAGCCCAAAUUCUUCUGUGUGAGACCGUCUGACCUAUUCCUCGUGAGCGGAACGGAAUGUGGGCCGAAUUCCUACGGCCCUUUCUUCUCUGUGAGACCGUCUGACCUAUUCCUCGCGAGCGGCGGCCAUGGCGUCCGCCACCGUCAAGCUCAUCGACAUCGCCGUCAACUUCACCGAUGGCAUGUUUAAGGGCUUGUACCACGGCAAGCAGUGCCACUCAGCUGACAUCCCCGCCGUCCUCGCACGAGCCUGGGCCGCCGGCGUCGACCGCAUCAUUGUCACAGGAGGGUCGCUGACAGAGUCAAGGGAGGCGCUCGAGAUCGCCGAGACCGACGGAAGGCUGUUCUGCACUGUGGGUGUCCACCCGACGAGAUGUGGGGAGUUUGACGAGAGUGGAGACCCCGAAAGGCAUUUUCAGGCAUUGUUAGCUCUAGCAAAGGAGGGCAUUGAGAAGGGCAAGGUUGUGGCAGUUGGAGAGUGUGGUUUGGACUAUGAUAGACUUCACUUCUGUCCUUCAGAUGUACAAAAGAAGUACUUUGAGAAACAAUUUGAAUUGGCUGAAGCAGUAAAACUACCAAUGUUCCUUCACAUGCGUGCUGCUGGCGAAGACUUUUCUGAAAUUUUGUCACGGAAUCUGUACAGAUUCCCAGGUGGGGUUACACAUUCCUUCACUGGUACUGCAGAAGAACGUGACAAGCUCCUGUCUUUCGAAAAGAUGUUUAUAGGUAUUAACGGCUGCUCUCUCAAGACUAACGAAAAUCUUGAGGUUGUAAGAGGGAUUCCUGCAGAGAGGAUGAUGGUAGAGACAGAUUCUCCAUAUUGUGAUAUUAAAAAUACUCAUGCUGGAAUCCAGUUUGUAAAAUCUGUCUGGCCAUCCAAGAAGAAAGAAAAGUAUGAACCUGGUUCAACAGUUAAAGGUCGCAACGAGCCUUGUUUAGUCAGGCAAGUCCUUGAGGUAGUGGCUGGAUGCAAAGGAAUUUCUGAUGUAGAAGGCUUAAGUAAAACUCUGUACCACAACACAUGCAGGCUCUUCUUCCCUCAUGACCUGGAUGCUUCUGCCGAUGCACAGCUUGAGAGUGGAAGUGGUACCUCAGUCCAGAAUAGCUGAUGAUGCAGAGUGAAUGGUUUUUAAACAUUUCAUCUUAUUUGCUGUUCGGUUUUGUGUUCAAUAUGAGCUUAUGGAAUAGUUUUGAUGUGUUGAAAAAAAUUGUACCUACAAUUUUCAAUUUGCAAUGCCAUCAUAUGUUCAUGUCCGUAAA